UUUCUUCUCAGACGAAACCUCGCCUCUGGAAGCUCCGAUGACGAAGAAGAAGAGUAAAGGAGCUGACGAUGAUAAGAUGAUAGAAACCAAGAGCAAGAGCGUGUCUGGGAAAUCUCAGAAACAGAAGAAACCAGUUGAGAAGGAAGUAGAAAAAGAAGUGAAAAGCUUAAAGGAGGAAGACCUGGUACAAGAAUCUGCAACUGAUUCUGAUUACGACGGAGAUAAUUCGCCGGGGUCUUUACAUUCGGAUGAUUUCGACUCAGAUAUCUUCGAUUCAGAAGAUGAUGUAACACAGGGAGGAACAGAAGAUGGGGAUGGAGAGUCAUCCGAAGACGAGCUUCAUGAUCAUGAGGGCUCAAUUGAUAAUGAGGAUGAUGAUGAAAGUGAACAAAUAGAUAGUGACAAUAAUGAGGAAGACGGGAGUGAUGAAGGUUCUGAGCGAGGUGAAGCUGUUGAAGAGAGCGAUUCCUCAGAAGACGAGGUUGCUCCUAGAAAUACAGUUGGGGAUGUUCCCUUGGCGUGGUAUGAAGAUGAGAAACAUAUUGGUUAUGACGUCGCUGGGAAGAAGAUUACUAAAAAGGAAAAACAAGACAAACUUGACUCUUUUCUUGCAUCUAUGGAUGACUCUAAGAAUUGGCGUAAAAUAUAUGAUGAAUAUAAUGACGAGGAAGUGGAGCUGACUAAAGAGGAGAGCAAGCUCAUUCGCAGAAUGCUGAAAGGGAAAGCUCCACAUGCUGACUUUGAUCCAUAUGCGCCUUAUAUUGAUUGGUUCAAAUGGGAUGAUGCAAUACAUCCACUCUCAAGUGCACCAGAACCCAAGCGAAGGUUCAUCCCUUCAAAAUGGGAGGCCAAAAUUGUUGUCAAUUAUGUUAGAUUAAUCCGGAUGGGGGUGAUCAAGUUUGAUAAACCUGAAGAAGAGCCCAAUGUAUACCUUUUAUGGGGUGACGAUUCGAAGUCUGAUCAAAAGAGCAAGCAUUUAACUUAUAUUCCUCCACCCAAGCAAAAAUUGCCAGGACACGAGGAAUCAUACAAUCCUUCGCUGGAAUAUAUUCCAACGGAGGAGGAGAAGGCUUCAUAUGAAUUGAUGUAUGAAGAAGAUCGUCCAAAAUUCAUUCCUAAAAGGUUUACAUCUCUGAGAAGCAUCCCGGCAUAUGAAAAUGCACUGAAGGAGUCUUUUGAGCGAUGUUUGGAUCUAUACCUUUGUCCGAGAGUUCGAAAGAAGAGAAUUAACAUCGAUCCUGAAUCAUUGAAACCUAAGCUACCUAGUAGGAAGGAUCUUAGACCCUAUCCUAACUCUUGUUAUCUUGAAUACAAAGGCCAUACAGGAGGUGUUACGUCCAUAUCCACUGAUAGUUCUGGCCAGUGGAUAGCCUCAGGUUCAACUGAUGGAUCUGUUCGUAUGUGGGAAGUGGAGACUGGUAGAUGUCUUAAGGUCUGGCAGUUUGAUGAAGCUAUUAUGUGUGUGGCUUGGAAUCCUCUUUCCAGGCUUCCAAUUUUAGCCAUCGCUAUGGGACGAGAUUUGUUUUUCCUGAACACUGAACUUGGGACUGAUGAGGAACAGGAAGUUGUUAAAGAGAUGCUUCACUCAGGAAACAUUCCAGAACCAGAAACGUCUGUUGCAGCAAUUGUAACCUGGCUACCAGAUGAGUUACAUGGAGGGAUCAAAACAAGACAUUUUAAGAACAUAUCGUCAAUAGACUGGCAUCGUAAAGGAGACUAUCUCUCAACAGUGAUGGCAUCCGGCGAAACACGAGGAGUGGUACUGCACCAACUCUCGAAAAAGAAAACACAAAGGCUCCCAUUUAAGAUCCGCGGACUUCCAGUCUGUACAGUAUUUCAUCCCAGCCUUUCUUACAUCUUUGUGGCGACUAGAAAGGAGGUGCGUGUUUACAAUCUUUUGAAGACGGGGGUGGCCACCAAAAAGCUUGAGACAGGACUGAGAGAAAUCUCAUCCAUGGCGAUUCAUCCUGGUGGUGAUAAUUUGAUAGUAGGAAGCAAGGAAGGGAGGAUGUGUUGGUUUGACAUGGAUCUGUCUUCAAAACCGUACAAGACGCUCAAGAAUCAUCCUAAGGACAUAACGAAUGUGGCAGUGCAUCGAUCAUAUCCUUUGUUUGCAUCGUGCUCAGAGGAUUCUACAGCUUAUGUCUUCCACGGGAUGGUGUAUAACGAUCUGAACCAGAAUCCUCUGAUUGUGCCGUUGGAGAUUCUAAGAGGUCAUUCUUCGAAAGGAGGAGUCUUGGACUGCAAGUUUCACCCGAGACAACCAUGGCUAUUCACUGCAGGCGCUGACUCAAUUAUCAAACUCUAUUGCCAUUAAAUUGGCUGGCAUAUUUAGACAGUUUUCAUAUAAUUUUUUUUCUUGUUGUAUUCACCUAUCACAUUGCCUGAAAUUGUACUCAAAUCGAUUUUGUAGUUCAAAUUUCAAGGGUACAAAUUUUGUUAUUAUCGAAUUCAUUUUUAAAGACAUUUUAACUUGUAACA